AUGGCAGUUCCAAAAAAGCGCACUUCUAUAUCAAAAAAAAAUAUUCGUAAAAAUUUUUGGAAAAAAAAGGGAUAUUGGACAGCAUUGAAAGCCUUUUCAUUAGCUCAAUCCAUUUUUACAGGUAAAUCAAAAUUUGUAACAAAUAAAAUAAAAAUGUUGGAUUGGAAUAAUAUAAAUUAG